AUGACACUCUGUUUCUGUUUUUUUUUUUGUGUGUGUGUGAGCCACCACUUCAUUUUUUUUUUUUUUUUUAUGUUGCUGCAGCUUGGAGUGUGGGCGAAAAGGAUGAUUCGGCAAAGUCUCGAUGUGGUACCCACCGUGCAGCCCAAGUACCGACUGGAGGAGGAUGCGCGGCUGGCUGCGGAGAAGCGUCGUCAGGGCGGCCGAAAGCCGGCGACCGCUACGGGGACGCGGGUGGAGCGUUACUGCAUCUUCAGCUGCGAUGAUUUUUGGGCGAUGGUGAGCGGCAGCCAUGCUGCUGGCGGGAAGAAUCUUGCGUGCAGUAAUGGCAACGAAAAUGAGGAGAGGAAAGAAAAGGUUGUCGCCGGUGCUCGACUCUACUCGUGGCUGCCGUCACCCGAAUUGGGCACACGCGUGCCGCAAACCCUGCAGGUGUUGGAGGCUCCGAAAAAAAAUUCGAAGCGCAUCCGACGUACGUUGUACCGGGCCACAUUGCGCAGUUCGAGAGCGCCUGGCGAAAAGAACGAAGAGGAAGAUGAGGAGGAUGGGGGCGAUGAAACAUUAGAGGAUGAAACGGCGCCUCGGUUUAGUUCACUUCCGUUACCCGAAUACGAGGACAUGUCAUCUAUCCUUCUUUUAAUUCCUACAGUUGCUGAAGAAGGGGCGGUGGCACGAGCGAGACCGCUUGACGCUCCUGUACACACCCUCCGUCACGAACGCACGGGGGCCGCCAAGACAGGCCAGGGUAUCUCGACAUCGUGGUACUCUGGUCUGGACGUUCGUUCUGUGGGAUUUAAGCGAAGCUACAUAGAUGGCGACGAGGACGCGGAUGAGGGAGACGCUUGGAGCACUUUCUCUGACGAUGCCUUGAACAAUGCUCGGCAGGGCGGCAGGAAGAAUCGUGAGGGCAAGGAAGAGCAGCGAGUUGUUAAGAGGAAUAAAGUGGAAACCAAUGAAGAUACAGCUGCGAAUACAAAUGGAAUCGAGGGAACGAAGGGAGUAAAAAAAUAUUCUGAUGAUGUGCAGCAGGCAACAAAUGAUGGUGCUCCUGUGUCGCUUCUGCCUACGUCAGCUUUCAGUACUUUGGAGGGGGCUACACAGAGGGUCGAUAAAGUGGACUUCUCGGGAAUCAACGUGGAAGACUUGGAAAGCCUCACUGCCUCCCUUUUGCAGCAGUGGGCCUCCGCUGGAAAAGCAGCCAUGCCCUUUUCUGAGGUGACGAAGGUUGUGCUCAAGUCUCAUCCAAAGUACACCGAAAUGAAAGCGAAACAUCAGUCACCUGAAGGCAGGCAGGAGGCACUGGAGUGGUUUCGUGUGUCACAGAAAGCCGUUCGUUCUUACGUUCUACAUUUGGGAUACACGAUAGACAGUACGAACAACGUGUACUUAUCACGGCCGUCGAACACCUAA